CAUCUGACACCUGGCCAGCUCGGGCCAAUGUACACCAACAACAAAUCAGUGGUGUUUUCCCUCCAGGGAAAGGCCAUAACGCAGUGAGUAAAGGACUGCCAUGCUAAGCAAACCCCACGCCUUGCCAGUGUUGUGAAACGAUGACAAAACAGACGCGGACUGCACAGAAGACGCCAGACCUGGGCACGACCCGCACACUCCCCGCUCCGGAACCAAGAUGCGCGGCUCGAGUUUUUUCGGCUUCCGCCGGGACUCUCUGAGGAACGGACCAAGGCGAGCACAACUUCCGGCCCGGCGCUGUGGCGUCCGGGAUUCGUGUGCAGACUGGCCUCCUAGUGUCGCUCCUCGCGCCCGAGGAGAACCUGGACGCGCGAGCAUGUGGAGGCCGCUGGCGCGCGCCCGUGCGCCGCUGCUGCGGGCGGGUUCGUCAGGUUCUCGGCCAGCCCCCGCCGCCGCCGCCGGCAUGAAGACGCUGCUCCCGGUGCCAACUUUCGAAGGUGUUUCCAUUCCAGAAAGGCCCAAGCUUAGAUUUGUUGAAAGGGCACCACUUAUGCCAAAAGUAAGAAGAGAACCUAAAAACUUGAAUGAUAUACGGGGACCUUCCACAGAAGCUACUGAGUUCACAGAAGGCAAUUUUGGGAUUUUGGCACUUGGAGGUGGUUACCUCCGUUGGGGCCAUUUUGAAAUGAUGCGCCUGACAAUCAACCGGUCUAUGGACGCCAAGAACAUGUUCGCCAUGUGGCGAAUACCAGCACCUUUCAAGCCCAUCACCCGCAAAGGUGUGGGGCAGCGCAUGGGGGGAGGCAAAGGUGCCGUCGAUCACUACGUGACACCUGUGAGGGCCGGCCGCCUCCUAGUAGAGAUAGGUGGACGUUGCGAGUUCAAGGAGGUGCAAACUUUCCUGAACCAGGUUGCCCACAAGUUACCUUUCCCAGCGAAGGCUGUGAGCCGAGAGACACUUGAGAAGAUGCGGAGAGAUCAGGAGGAAAGAAAACGGAACAACCAGAACCCCUGGACCUUUGAGCGCAUAGUGACUGCCAACAUGUUGGGGAUCCGCAAGGUGCUGAGCCCCUAUGACCUGACGCAGCAGGGGCGGUACUGGGGCAAGUUCUACCUGCCCCACCGUGUGUAGCACGGGCACAGGGAACCAGCACUCGUGCCUGUCACUGCGACAAGGAGUCUGUACUACUCUCCUCGGCUUGCCCUUGAGGUCUCCGGGUGGCUGUUAGAUUGUAACUGAGGAGCAGCACGUUCAGUAAGUUCUCAAACGCUCUGUUACCCACUGAUUCUUUAAUAAUUAAAGUUGGAGCAUCACCUCAGGGUGUAA